CCUUGGGGAAGCCUUAUUAGAGGCUGAAACUAUUGAAGAGCAAGAAUCUCCUGUUAACUGCUUUAGAAAAUUAUUUGUGUGUGAUGUACUUCCUCUAAUAAUUAAUAACCAUGAUGUCCGAUUACCUGCCAACUUAUUGUAUAAGUACUUGAAUAAAGCAGCGGAAUUCUAUAUCAAUUACGUCACCAGGUCUACUCAAUUAGAAAGUCAGCAUCAAGGUACCCAAGACACAUCGGAUUUAAUGUCCCCUAGCAAACGGAGCUCUCAGAAGUGUGCCAUAGAAGGCCUCACGGGAAAAUCCUCCCAGAUUGCGGACCCCUGGGAGAGGCUCUUUAAGGUUUUGAAUGUUGUUGGGAUGAGAUGUGAAUGGCAGAUGGAUAAAGGAAGACGAAGCUAUGGUGAUAUUCUGCACAGAAUGAAGGAUCUCUGCAGAUACAUGAACAACUUUGACAAUGAAACUCACGCAAAAUAUAAGAACCAAGUGGUGUAUUCCACCAUGUUGGUCUUCUUUAAGAAUGCAUUCCAGUAUGUCAGCAGUAUACAACCAUCUCUCUUCCAAGGUCCGAAUGCCUCAAGCCAAAUUCCACUGAUUCUCCUUGAGGACGUCUCGAAUGCAUACGGUGAUGUAGAAGUUGAUCGCAAUAAGCACAUACAUAAAAAGAGGAAACUAGCCGAAGGAAGAGAGAAAACCAUGCAGAGUUCAGACGAUGAAGACGGUUCGGCAAAAGGAAGGAACCGUCACAUUGUGGUCAAUAAAGCCGAACUUACUAACUCAGUUGAAGUGCUCGAAAGCUUUAAACUGGCCCGGGAGAGCUGGGAGCUUCUCUACUCCCUCGAAUGCCUCGACAAGGAAUUUACAAGAAUUUGUUUGGCCUGGAAGACAGAUACUUGGCUUUGGUUACGAAUCUUCCUCACUGAUAUGAUCAUCUACCAGGGUCAAUAUAAAAAAGCUGUCGCCAGCCUGCAUCACCUAGCAGCUCUCCAGGGGUCUCUUCCUCAGCCACAGAUCACUGGACAGGGGACUCUGGAACAUCAGCGGGCUCUCAUCCAGCUUGCCACCUGCCACUUUGCUCUCGGAGAAUACAGAAUGAUGUGUGAAGAGGUCCUUGAUCUGAUGUGCUACAUGGUGCUGCCCGUCCAGGAGGGAGGCAAGUCACAGGAGGGACCAGCAAAGGUGAAGCCCAAAGUUAGAAGAGGUUCGGAUCUGAAGCUGCUGCCUUGUACCAGUAAGGCCAUCAUGCCAUACUGCCUGCAUCUAAUGCUAGCAUGUUUUAAGCUCAGAGCUUUCAUGGACAACAGGGAUGACCUGGCACUGGGACACGUGAUCGUCUUGCUUCAGCACGAGUGGCCACGGGGCGAAAACCUCUUCUUGAAAGCUGUCCAUAAGAUUUGCCAACAAGGGAAUUUCCAAUAUGAGAAUUUCUUUAACUACGUGACAAAUAUUGAUAUGCUGGAGGAGUUCGCCUACCUAAGAACUCAGGAAGGUGGGAAAAUUCAUCUGGAAUUACUACCUAAUCAAGGAAUGCUGAUCAAGCCUUCUAGCCCUCCCAUGGGGUUGCUGCAGCAGGAAUUCUUACCUGUGCUUCAGCCCAGCAUACAGACUGCUGACAGGCACCACACGGUCACUCGAGGCAUCACCAAAGGCGUGAAGGAGGACUUCCGCCUGGCCAUGGAGCGCCAGGUGUCCCGCUGCGGGGAGAACCUGAUGGUGGUCCUGCACCGGUUCUGCAUCAACGAGAAGAUCUUGCUCCUGCAGAUUCUGGCCUAGCGGCCGACACGGCCCUGCCCAAGGGCCUGCUCGGCCCGUGGCUUUUGGAAGGCACACAGUGUCACUCCGCUGUUACAGCUCUUAAAAACGGGGAAAACCGUCCGAGUUCUAACUCAUUCUUUGCUCACACGUUGUUCCCAAGAGUCGGAGAAGCAGUUUCUAUUUUUAAGAGUCAUUUUUUAUAAUUUUUGUAAACAAAGUGACCUGUUUGUAAAUAAAAGUCACCUUAAAAACCUGGA